UGGUUGGGAAAAAAUUGUCAGUUAUGAACCUGGAAAGAUAACCAAUCCUGAACUUGUAUUUAAAAAGCACCAGCCCAUCAUUUAUUUUUUGUGUCUUCUUGUCUCGCCAGAGUGACCCAUGGCGACAUGUGAGUGAAGUGGCUGACCUUGUGGAGGUGGAGCUACGUGACCUUGAGCGUCGUUGUCUGCUGGGACGGGGAGUCAAGGACAUGAAUGAACUCCGUUGUCUAGAGGAAGCCUGGUCUCGCUACACCGCCAUCUCUGAGCCUGAGAACUUAUCGGGAAAAGAAGAGUUGGAAACCUUGAGCUUGCUGGCGAAGACUUUGCAAAGCGUGGUGGACCUCAUGGACAGAGUGAGGACAGAGACUUCUGCAAGUUUCUCCCAGCUGAAGGAACGACUGGCCAGUCUGACCUCAUCUAUAUCCAGCCUGAGGCCCAGUGGCCGAGGGGGCAUGUUUGAGUGGGUGGACAGCAUGCUGGUCAAGGCGGUCAGGGAUGGUCACUGGCUCCUGGUGGACAAUGUCAACUUUUGCAGUGCCUCGGUGCUGGACCGACUGAACGCUCUGUUGGAGCCACACGGAGAGCUCAGCAUCAACGAAAGAGGAACGGUGGACGGACAGAUCCCCAGCAUAAAACCACACCCAAACUUCAGACUUUUCUUUGCAAUGGACCCCCGAUAUGGAGAGAUAUCUCGCGCCAUGAGGAACAGAGGCAUUGAGAUUUACAUUCUAGGCGAGGAGGACGGCUCUUCUUUAGACAGACAAGACAUUCUGCACCUCCUACAAGAUUCCGGUCUGGAGGAUCCCCGUGAUAGUUCCUGGCUGCUGGAUAGUCACAUGACCCUUCAGGCAACGUUGCCUCGUGGUGACCGCCUCACUAUAGUGGACAUGUUGCAGGUGGCCGUUUCCUGCUCUCUGCUGGUCAAGCGUGGAGUGACAAAGUGUGAGGCUUUCCGCCAUGCCAUGGAGGAUGUUUAUGUCAGUCCGCGGAGCACAUUGCAGUUGAAAAAGCACUUGCGAGCUGCCAUCUCCGAAUGCCUGCAGCUCCUGCAGGAGAGUGGUCAGGGGGAGAAGACUCUGAUGUUGUGGAGCCAGGCAGUGCCAGGGGAGAGCAGCUGGAUGCUUCAGCUCAAGGCCAACGCUCGUUUCCUGUUCAGUCAGAUACAGGAAGCUGCUGCCAGCAAGAGUUCUGAUGUGCCUGCAGUUCGAGUCCAGCUGUGUACUGCUGCCGGCAUCGUCCAGUCCUUACUGUCAGAACCAGGUCACUCCCUGCUCGGCCAGUGGUUGGACACAGUGUGGCCCAGUUUCCAGUCAGCCCUGGCCGCUGGUGUGGGAGAGGGCCGGGAGAAGGAGGAAGUGGAUGCGCUGCUGGCGGAUGUGAGAGCUGUCCUGAGCGGCAGUUCUGCCCAUGUCUUCGAGUCUUCGGCUUGGCGGGAUCUGCAGGCCGCUGUGGAGAGGAUGUUUUCUUCCUCCUCGGCUGCUCAAGCCCUCAUGUCGGAGCUGCCUUGGGAUUUGAGCCACAACCCCCAGGCUCUUACCCAUGCGCUCUGGUUUUCUACCAGUGGGGAUGGGGAGGACCCAGGUCAAGAGAUAAGGACGUGUGUUCAGAGAUUGCAACUGGUUCAGCAAGCGUCGGCCGUGGCACAGGCUCUGGGGAAGAAAGUUCAAGAGCUGGAGAAAGUUGUCCUAAAGG